AUGGACGUCGCUGAAGCUCCAUGGCGUCGAAUUCCUCAACUUUCCGUUUCUUCACGCGCCUCCUGGCUCAUUACUCCCGGAAUUCCUGUUUCUUCAUGCAUGUUCUCUCAUAUCGAGCGUGGAAAGAGGUUUAGGGUCAUAUUGUGCUUUGGGGUCUCUCGUUUUCGUGCAAGGUCUGCUAUUCUAAGCGCACAACAAGAGCAGCCAGCUAGGCUUCGCAAAGGACUCUGCGAGGUUGUUUGGAUCGUGGAAGCUGACCUGGCAUCCAAUGAACAUCUCUACGUUACUGGAGAUCCUACGGCUUUAGGUGGCUGGGAUCCAGACUGCGCGGUUUCAAUGUAUCCUACUGGGAAUGAUAAUGAAUGGGAAGCUAAAGUCAAGAUUGCUUCUGGUAUGAAUUUCAGGUAUAACUAUUUUAUAAAACCUGGAUACGAGUCUUCAUUUGACGUCAUCUGGAGACCAGGGCCACAGUUCUCGUUGUCAGUACCUUCUUCUGCGAAUCGAGAAGGAAAAGUUGUUAUAAGGGAUUCAUGGAUGAGUGUUUCCUCUGAAUCACAAGAAUCCUUUGUAUGGGGUUCUUGGAUCAAUGAUGGUUACCUCUUACCAAAUUCUGUGACUUCAGGUCAUCAUAGCGAAGAUGAUAGUGCUACAGAAGUCUCAAGAGCACUUUUGAAUGAUAAACAGUCAGAAGAUGAAUCUUUCUUCUUUGAUGAGAUUGAGAAUGCAGCCUUUUCGUCAGAGAGCUCGAAGUUCAGUGUGUUAUUCUCUGACAAUUAUCAGCCUGUUGAGGAACCGUGGUUUCUUCAGGCAAGGAUUACAGAAACCGAUAGCAAACAAGUUGUUGAAAGUUGUGACGAAACUGAAAACAACUUGGAUACUGAUGAGGAAGAUCACCAGCUGACUGAGACUCUCUUACCUGACGAUGAAUUUUUCCAACCAGAAUCUGUUUCCACUACGAUACUGAUCAACUCUUCUGUAUGUACCGUGCAAAGGAUUGCUGUCAUGGAUGGUGAGAAGCUGGUGGAGUUAUUGUUGGAACCAGUUAAGACGAACGUGCAGUGUGACAGUGUUUACCUGGGCGUAGUCACUAAGUUUGUGCCCCAUAUGGGUGGUGCGUUUGUGAAUAUCGGAAGUUCUAGACAUUCUUUCAUGGACAUUAAGCCAAAUAGGGAGCCAUUCAUAUUCCCUCCAUUCUGUGAUGGAUCAGUGAAGCAAGCAGCUGAUGGCUCUCGGUUAAUCUCCGUUAGCGACAUCCCAGCUCCGCAUGAUACUGAACACUCCUCCUAUGACUAUGAAGCCAGUAGUUUACUAGACAUUGAUUCGAAUGACCCUGGGGAAUCUUUUCAUGACGAUGACGAAGAUCAUGAAAAUGAGGAGUAUCAUGUCUCGGAUCCUCUAGCUGGACUAGUUAAUGGAACUGUAGUGAGCCAUGGUGAAGCGGAAGGAGAUGAGCAACAUCUUGAAGUUGGGUCUGAGAAUGGCUUUGCGAAAAACUCUAAGGGUAUGUCGUCGAGAGAUAACAAGUGGAUUCAAGUCCGGAAAGGCACCAAGAUAAUUGUGCAAGUUGUUAAAGAGGGACUCGGUACGAAAGGUCCAACUCUUACUGCUUACCCGAAACUGAGAAGCAGAUUCUGGGUGUUAAUGACUCGUUGCAAACGAAUUGGAGUCUCGAAAAAAAUCUCGGGUGUGGAGAGGACCCGGUUAAAAGUAAUAGCGAAAACAUUGCAGCCUCAGGGUUUUGGCCUGACUGUAAGGACUGUAGCUGCUGGCCAUUCUCUAGAAGAGCUUCAGAAAGACUUGGAAGGUCUGCUUUUAACCUGGAAGACCAUUACGGAAGAAGCAAAAUCCGCAUCCCUUGCUGCAGAUGAAGGUGUGGAAGGAGCCAUCCCCGCGCUGCUACAUAGAGCAAUGGGUCAAACACUCUCAGUUGUGCAAGACUAUUUCAAUGACAAGGUUGAGAAGAUGGUGGUUGACUCUCCCAGGACGUACCACGAGGUCACAAACUACCUGCAAGAUAUGGCACCUGAUCUUUGUGAUCGAGUGGAAUUGCAUGAUAAGGGUAUCCCUCUUUUUGAUUUGUACAACAUUGAGGAGGAGAUAGAAGGUAUUCUCAGUAAAAGAGUUCCGCUUCCCAAUGGAGGUUCUCUAGUGAUUGAACAAACCGAGGCGUUGGUUUCUAUUGAUGUGAACGGAGGACAUGGAAUGUUUGGUCAGGGUAACUCACAGGAGAAAGCUAUUUUCGAAGUUAACCUUACUGCUGCCAGACAAAUUGCAAGGGAGAUUCGGCUAAGAGAUAUAGGGGGUAUCAUUGUGGUCGAUUUCAUCGACAUGGAAGAUGAGUCUAAUAGAAGACUCGUUUACGAAGAGGUAAAGAAAGCAGUGGAGAAAGAUAGGUCACUGGUAAAAGUCUCAGAGCUAUCUAGACAUGGACUCAUGGAAAUAACAAGAAAAAGGGUUCGGCCGAGUGUAACAUUCAUGAUCAGUGAACCAUGUUCUUGCUGUCACGCAACUGGUAGAGUUGAGGCACUGGAGACUUCCUUUUCAAAAAUUGAACAAGAGAUUUGUCGACAGCUCGCAAAGAUGGAGAAUAGAGGACACCUGGAAAACCCCAAGUCUUGGCCAAGAUUCAUAUUGCGUGUGGACAGUCAUAUGUCAAGCUUCUUGACUACAGGGAAGAGGACGCGGCUCGCAAUCCUCAGUAGUUCCCUGAAAGUAUGGAUUCUCUUAAAGGUUGCUAGACAUUUCACCAGAGGAACCUUUGAGGUUAAACCGUUCAUGGAUGAGAAGACUGUGAACGAAAGACAGCAUCAAGUUGCCAUUUCACUGCUCAAGAAAGCUGACGCCAUUUCAGACUCCUCAGGCAAGAAGAAGCUCACUCUUAUUCCGAUUAAGAAGGACAAAACCAGAGGAAAACAAAGACGAUGA